GCACGAGCUCCUCGGAAAAUGGCCAUGAUCAGGCAAUUCAGGCUACCUGGCUGAUCAUUAGUAUCAGGUGCAUUAUUUCUCUUGGGCUCUAAUUCCUCGAUCCUGUAUUGUACGGGAAGCUUCAGGGGGGAAUUACUGGGCUAUCGCGAUGCAUCCCGUUAGCCUCGCGGGUUCAGUCGGCGCGUCUGAAACAGCGCGAUCGUUCCUCGCCACGCCAACACCCUCGCAACGCGCUCGUCGCCGCAAUGCCUCGCGUUCCUCUCCGCAGAGUCGCAUUCAGACGCACAGCGUCGCUGAUCGUCGCGUAAACUCGCAGAUCGCUCGUACCGCAUCCCCGUCAGUACCAGCUCUGCAAUUGCGAUCCACUCGUCCACGUCAGCACCUCGCCGUGCGUGCAGCGGCUGACGGCGAUGUCGGAGCGGAUUAUCCGACGUCUGCAGAGGCGGUCGAACUCGCGGCGGAGAAGCCUGGCGUGUCAGGAGGCCCUCAGGAGCCCGCGAGCCCGUCCUCCAAAGGAUCAGCCGCCGUUGAGCCUAAUGCGCGCGCCAAAACCUCUAGUAGCAGCAGCGGCGGGGGGGGGUCGUCCGCGCUCGAUAAGCUCCGCGAGCUGCUGCGGGCGGCGGAGGCAGAGCUGGAGAAGGCGAGCGCGCGGACCGUUGAGACGGAGGAGGAGGCGCGGAGGGUGGCGGAACGCGCCAUAGAGCUGUCUGACGUUGUCGCCAAGGCGGAAGCGGCGGCGGAAGCCGCGCGGGCGCAGAUGGAGGCGGAGCUGGCGGAGGAGGCGCUGGCGCAGGAUGCGCUGAGGCAGGCUGACGUGGCGUUUUACCAGCAGGAGGAGGCGCUUGCGGCAGCGGAGGCGCAGCUGCAGGCGGCGGUUGGGGGGAUGGCGGAGCAGGGGGGGCAGGAAGGUGAAAGCCUGCGAUCCAGCUUAGUUAAUUCCGUCCAGGAGACGCGGGAGGAGCUGGGGAGGCGGGAGGCGGAGCUGAGAGCGCGGAGGGAGGCAGCAGCGGGGGCGACUGAACGUAGGAUAAGGGCACAGGGGGAGGCGGCGACGCUGGCGGCGGCAGCGGGGGAGGCACGGGCGCGUGCGGGGGAGGCGGAGGAGGAGGUGGGGGAGCGGAUGGGCGUUGCAGAGCGGGCGGUGGCGUUCGAGCUGGAGGCGCGGCAGAGCGUGGCGGAGGCCGCCAAGGCGCUCGCGCGGGCGGAGAAGCUGGUCUCUGACAUCGCCAAGGCGGAGGCAGAGGCAGCGAAGCUAGGGGCGGAGAAGGCGGCGCUGCUAGCAAGUGAGGUGGCGGGGGUGUCGGCCGCGCUGAGGGCCACGGUGAAGGGCGGCAGGGCGGCGGCUGGCAUGCCGACCACCGACUCCGAUAGCGACUCCGACAGGGACUCGACCAGGGGCCCGGAUGGCGACUCAGACAGGGACGAGGGCGGUGACUCGGGCAGUGAGUCCGACCGCGAGGGGGAGAGUGCGAAGGACGGGGCGGCGAGGGACGGUGUGGCGGAAAAUGUUGCAGAGGCUGUGGUGAAGGAGGGGAAGGGGAAGGGGAAGAAGGGGGCGAAGGUUGGAGGGGAGGAAGCGACGAGGGUGGAUGGAGAGGUCGGGCGGACUGGGGCGGUGAGUGAGGGGGUGAAGGAUGCGAGGAAGGAGGGAAAGAAGGGGAGAGUGGAUGCUGACUCGGUACCUCAAGGCCGAGCAGAAACCGGUGCUGGAGAUGGGAUCAAGGGUGAUGCAGGGGAGGCGGGAGCAGAGGAGGUCGAGGAGGUACCUGCUGCUGCUGCAGUGGCAGCAGCAGUGCCUGGCUCAGAUGAACCCGCUGCCGUUCCUCCCGCUUCCCCCUCCUCCCCAUCAUCCAAGUCCUCCUCUUCUUCCUCCUCCUCGUCGUCCAAGAAGUCAUCGCGGUUCUUCUCGGCGUCCUUCUUCUCCGCGGACGGCCACGAGGUGCAGGACGCGCUCAAGUGGGUGCGCACUGGGCUGCCCUCGCUGCUCACGCACCUGCCCAAGCUGCUGCUCGCGCUCUCCGUACUUCUCUUUGGCGGGUUUGCCCUGAGAGCGCGCAUGGCGCACAGAGCAGCGGUGCACACGCCCCCCGCCACAGUGGUGCAGAUGGAAGCCGUGCAGGGGCAGGGGGUGGGUGCAGCGCAGGGGGGAGUGGGCGCAGGGGAGGUGGGAGCAGCGCUCGUGCAGGAGGGUGUGGAGGGUGCAGUGGAGGGCUUUGUGCAAGCAGGGGCGGGGGCGGCAGGGGGACAGCUGCAGGCGCGAGGGCGUGUGGCGUCGGCUAACCCGGUGGUGUCGGCGGUGCAGUCGGUGGUGGGGCGAGUGAAGGCCCUCAUUGACAAACUGCCCAGACACGAGCCGAACGAGGAGGAGACGCAGCUGUUUGACGUGCUGUGGCUGCUGCUGGCCAGUGUGGUCUUCGUUCCCAUCUUCCAGAAGCUGCCAGGAGGCAGUCCCGUGCUGGGCUAUCUGACAGCGGGUGCCUUAAUCGGUCCCUAUGCGCUCUCCAUCAUCAAGCACGUGCACGGCACCAAGGCGCUCGCUGAGUUCGGCGUCGUCUUCCUCAUGUUCAACAUCGGACUGGAGCUGUCGCUAGAGCGCCUUCGCUCCAUGCGCAAAUACGUCUUCGGACUCGGCUCCGCCCAGGUGCUGGUGUCGGCGCUGGUGAUUGGGCUGUGCGUGCUGGCAGUGGCGGGGGUAUCGGGCCCAGCAGCCAUCGUCAUCGGCAACGGCCUCGCACUCUCCUCAACUGCCGUUGUACUCCAGGUGCUGCAAGAGCGUGGUGAGAGCACGUCCCGCCACGGCCGAGCCACCUUCUCCGUGCUGCUCUUCCAGGAUCUAGCGGUGGUGGUGCUGCUCAUCCUCAUUCCGCUCCUCUCCCCCACCUCCUCCAAAGGGGGCGUGGGGCUGGGAGCCAUAGCAGAGGCGCUAGGCGUGGCAGCAGUGAAGGCUGCAGUGGCCAUCUCAGGCAUCAUUGCGGGCGGCAGGCUGCUGCUGCGGCCCAUCUACCGCAGCAUGGCGGAGAACCACAACGCUGAGAUCUUCGCCGCCAACACACUGCUCGUCGUGCUCGGCACGUCCGUGCUCACUGCUAGGGCGGGUCUGUCCAUGGCGCUGGGUGCGUUCCUUGCGGGCCUGCUGCUCUCAGAGACUGAGUUCGCUCUGCAGGUCGAGUCGGAUAUCAACCCGUAUCGUGGGCUGCUGCUCGGUCUCUUCUUCAUGACGGUGGGCAUGUCCAUCGACCCCAAGCUGCUGGUUGCUCGCUUCCCCCUCAUCCUGGCGGCCAUCGCCAUCCUCAUCGCCGGCAAGACCGCCCUGCUCGCCGCCAUGGGGCGCCUCGUCGGCCUCUCGCCCGUCGCGGCUGUGCGCACCGGCCUGCUGCUGGCGCCUGGGGGGGAGUUUGCGUUUGUGGCGUUCGGGGAGGCUGUCAGCAAGGGCAUCAUGAGUCCGCAGCUGUGCUCGCUGCUCUUCAUCGUGGUGGGCAUCAGCAUGGCCAUCACGCCAUGGCUCGCAGCGGUGGGGCAGCUCAUAGCGUCGCGCUUCGACCAGCAGGACGUGCGCUCACUGCAGCCGCAGGAGGCAGAGACUGACGACCUGCAAGGCCACAUUAUCAUCUGUGGCUUCGGCCGCGUGGGUCAGAUUAUAGGCCAGCUGCUCUCAGAGAGGCUCAUCCCCUUUGUCGCUCUCGACGUCAGCAGUGACCGCGUGAGUGCAGGUCGCUCCUUGGACCUGCCUGUCUACUUUGGCGAUGCUGGCAGCCGCGAUGUACUCCACAAGGUGGGCGCGGAGCGGGCGGCAGCCGCUGUCAUCACCUUGGACACCCCCGGCGCCAACUACCGUGCGGUGUGGGCGCUGAGCAAGAACUUUCCGCACGUGAAGACGUUUGUGCGUGCGCACGACGUGGACCACGGCAUCAACCUCGAGAAGGCCGGCGCCACUGCCGUCGUGCCAGAGACGCUAGAGCCGAGUCUGCAGCUCGCUGCUGCCGUGCUCGCCCAGGCGAAGCUGCCAGCAGCGGAUAUCGCUGCCACGCUGGACGACUUCAGAAGCCGACACCUGGCAGAGCUCACAGAGCUCUCUGCGCUGAGUGGCUCAUCGCUGGGCUACGGCUACUCCAGCAACCUCAUGAGGGCCCGAGUCGCAGAGGCAGCAGGAGCCGCAGGAAGCAGUAGCAGUGCACCAGCCACUAGUAGCAGCAGCAGCACUGCGGUGGAGGGAGACGGAGGUAUUGAGGGGCAGGCUGUUGCAAUGCCAGCUUGAAACAUGCUACCACCCAGCUUGUCUUGCCAUUUAUUUUCUGAGGAAUCCAAAUGAUGAGUGUAGAAUCCUUGUGACCCUCUGCUUCACGUCCUUGUGACACUUACAAGAUGUUUGAUUUUGGCACACACUGGUAGUUACACGGUACACCCCUUGUUCAGCCAGUGGUUUCACCACACCAGUCGUAAAUGUGGUUACAGUCUCAGUACUAGUGCUUGUGGGUGCUCUAAGCACAUACUGAAGCAGCCAGGCCCUUGUACGCGAACCAGUAAGGGAGCAAUUUUGAAACAGGCCAUGUCAUUAUAUCCGUGCUUGAUGU